GGCCGGGCUGUCUGGCGCAGCGGCUACAGAUCGGGGCGUCCCGAUGCCAGGCGGCGGGAGAGCGCAAGGAGAGCAGCUGGGCCUGGAGGAGUCCCUUGAAGAAAAAUGUGCUUCUUAAAUCAACCCCAGCCUCUCCUCUGUACAAAGAACUCUUCGUGAUACUAGCAGAAAAUAAGCAAAUUAAACUAAAAGCUUAUCUGCAGCUCAGAAGAACAAGGAAAUGGAGUUUUGAGGAGUGGAGGUAGCCUGGCGUCAGCCAUGGGUGAUCAAGACACAGCCAGACAAUGUGGAUCAAUUUCUUCAAACUACGGCUUUUCUGCUGCCUGCUUGCAGUGCUGAUGGUGGUGGUGUUGAUCAUCAAUGUUACUCAGGUGGAGUACUUGGACCAUGAGACUGUUUCAGCCACAUUCAUCGACAGCAGUGGACAGUUUGUUUCCUCCCAGAUGACAAGAAUUAGCCGGAAUCCUUACUGUGGCUAUGAGCAUCAGACUCUGUCCAGCCGGGAGCGCACGGAGGAGGACUCCCUGCUGGCUGCCUUACAGUGGCAGGUGCCUGAUGUGGGUCCAGUCCCCUUUGUGAAGAGCACUGACCCUUCUUCCAGCUACUUUGUUAUCUUGAACUCCGCAGCCUUCUUCAAGGUGGGAAGCCAGCUAGAAGUGCUGGUUCAUGUGCAGGAUUUUCAAAGAAAGCCCAAGAAGUAUGGUGGAGACUACCUGCAGGCCAGGAUCCACUCCCCUAAGCUGCAGGCAGGGGCUGUGGGCAGAGUGGUAGACUACCAGAAUGGGUUUUACAAGGUCUUCUUUACUCUGCUCUGGCCAGGCAAAGUUAAAGUGUCCAUAUCUCUGGUCCACCCCACUGAGGGGAUCAGAGUUCUUCAGCGCCUGCAGGAAGAGAAACCACACAGAGUCUAUUUCAAGAGUCUGUUCCGUUCAGGAAGAAUUUCUGAAACCACUGAGUGCAAUGUGUGUCUUCCUGGGAGUCUUCCCCUGUGUAACUUUACAGAUGUCUACACUGGAGAACCCUGGUUCUGCUUCAAACCAAAGAAGCUCCCUUGCAGUAGCAGAAUUAACCAUUUCAAAGGUGGAUACCUGAAGGGCCUCCUAACUGCUGCAGAGACCGCUUUCUUCCAGAGUGGUGUCAAUAUCAAAAUGCCAAUCAACUCCAGCGGACCUGAUUGGGUGACUGUGAUUCCCAGGAGAAUAAAAGAAACAAACAAUCUAGAACUAUCUCAUGGCUCAGGAACUUUUCCUUCUGGGUAUUAUUAUAAAGAUCAGUGGAGGCCCAGAAAGUUUAAGAUGCGCCAGUUUAAUGACCCUGACAACAUUACAGAAUGCUUACAAAGAAAAGUGGUGUAUUUGUUUGGUGACUCAACAAUCAGGCAAUGGUUUGAAUACCUUACUACGUUUGUUCCAGAUUUAGUGGAGUUUAACUUGGGUAGUCCCAAGAAUGUGGGUCCCUUCCUUGCGGUGGACCAGAAGCACAACAUCCUGCUCAAAUAUCGCUGCCAUGGUCCACCCAUCCGUUUUACAACUGUCUUUAGCAAUGAGCUUCGUUAUGUGGCAAAUGAGCUGAAUGGCAUCGUGGGAGGGAAGAACACAGUGGUUGCCAUAGCUAUAUGGUCUCAUUUCAGCACCUUCCCUUUGGAAGUGUAUAUCCGGCGGCUCAGGAAUAUCCGUCGAGCAGUGGUCCAGCUCCUGGAUCGAAGCCCUAAGACUGUGAUAGUCAUCCGGACAGCCAAUGCCCAAGAGCUGGGGCCUGAAGUGAGCCUUUUCAACAGUGACUGGUACAACUUCCAGCUGGACACCAUCCUUCGGAAGAUGUUCUCAGGGGUUGGAGUGUAUCUUGUUGAUGCCUGGGAGAUGACCCUGGCUCAUUAUUUACCCCACAAGCUACAUCCGGAUGAAGUUAUUGUGAAGAACCAACUGGACAUGUUCUUGUCCUUUGUGUGCCCCUUGGAGACCUAGCUUGCCCUGGAAGGAACUGGAGGAAUCACAUUUUCUGCAUUAGAGACAGUUUAUGGGAGGCCCCAUGGAGAUAUUGCUGCUACUGAUAUGUACAAAAUUUCAGAAAGAGCUGGACUUUAUAUAAUGAUUUGUAAGGAGCUUAGAAAAUGCAGGUUGCAUUUAUAUCUACCUACAGGAUUUAUUCCAAUCUUUACAUAGCCAUGGGAGAACCAUUAUUAACAACAUCUACGCACUGUAUUGCCCUUGUAACCAAAGAUGCUAAUGAGUGUGUUUAAGUUAGCCUCUCCGGAGAGGGGAGAUUACUAUGCUAAAAACUGAAAAAUGUUCUGACCUAAAUGGUUGGUAGUGGAGUGUUUGUAGCUUAUCUGGUAAGGGCGAUUGUGCUUAUCUGCAUGAAUAGCACCGGUGGGUCCAUCUUCAGUGUGAUGAACUGAUGAGGCUUAUGGUUAGGGGCUCCUGUGACACACUGGAGCCUGCUGUGUCUCAGGAGUUUCUCUUGAUUCACCUUUUUUGAAUUACUUGAAAAGGCCAGUAUCUUUGGUUAGAAUUUUUUAGUGAGAACAUUUACAGUGUUCUGCUUUUAUCUAGAAAAGAAGCAAAAGGGGAAUACGAAAGCGGUUAAUAUAAAAUCUGUGUGUUACACUGAUACUUGCAUUGGGCGGUUGUUACUUACUUGAUUCAGCUAAAUUUUACAUGACGAAUACUUUAAAAUAAUCACUUUUGGAACUGGAAGGGGGAAAUGUAUAAAUGGAAAUUUAUUUUUGUGUUUUGAAGUUUGAGGGUUUUAAGAAUUGACUUUUAUGUAAAGAACGCCGUUGUUUAUUAUAAACUUGUACAAGUUACUUCCAUCAAUUUCAAGUGUUUCUUUUUUGGUUGUUAGUUUGGAUCACAUACCAACAUUAGAAAUGAAAAUCUAAUUAGAAGUUAGAUAUUGAGAUCUGUAACAAGUAUUUCUUGAUGGGGACAUAAGGUACACACAUUCUGUCAUGCUUGGAAGUAAAAAACUGCUAUCUUAAGAUACUAUCAAUUUUACUUGACUGUCUUUGCCUUAUUGAUUUUAAAUGGGUUUAGGCUAGCAUGGGGCCAUUUAGGAAGCACUCUUUUCUUUUUGAGCCAGAAUGGAUUACAAUCUAGUUUUAGUUAUCCCUAAAUGGACAUAUGAAGAGACUGGAGAGGCUUUAGAGAUGAAGACUGAUGCUAAAAGCAUUCUCUUAGGAAAAUGGGUCGAGGAAUUUGGAGUUAAGAAGUUUUUUUUAAUGUUUAUUUAUUUUUGAGAGAGAGAGACACAGAGUGUGAGUGGGGAAUGGGUCAAGGAAUUUGGGGUUUAAAAAUUUUUUUAAUGUUUUUUUUAUUUUUGAGAGAGAGACACACACAGAAUGUGAGUGGGGGAGGGUCAGAGAGCAAGAGAGACACAGAAUCCAAGCAGGUUCCAGGCUCUGAGCUGUCAGCACAGAGCCCGACGCAGGGCUUGAACUCAACUGUGAGAUCAUGACCUGAGCCGAAGUCAGAUGCUUAACUAACUGAGCCACCCAGGAGCCCCAAGGAAUUUGGAGUUUUAACUUAAAGAGUGUAGGGGCGCCUGGGUGGCUCAGUCAUUAAGCAUCUGACUUUGGCUAGGGUCAUGAUCACUUGGUUCAUGAGUUCGUGCCCCACAUCAGGUGAGCUUGAGGCCUGCUUCAGGGGAGCCCUGCUUCUCUCUCUCUCCAUACCCCUCAUGGGAUUCUCUCUCUCGGCUCCUUGAUCACUUGCACUCUCUCUCAAAAACAAACAGACAGACAAAAACAAAAAAAAAACGUCCUUUCUUAGACUUGAGGGCCAUCUUCAAAUUUGUAAAAUAUGUAUAUGGGGAAAAAUAUUUUUAACUUAUUUUGAGGCUAAGGCUCACCAACAAGUAGUUAAACAUAUUAAGAUUGCUUAAUUUUAAUGGUCUUUAAGCUUUAGUGUCUGAGAAUCGCCUGGACUAUUUGAUAAAAAUACAGGAUGCGUCUGGGAACUGUGGAAUCAGACUUUCCUACAAGCAUCCAGUGAUUUUGAUGCAAUGGCAGUAUUCUACACUUUGAGAAAUACCAACUAAGGGAAGAAGGAAGAUAGAACUAAGGAAAUAAUAUUGCUUGUCUAUUAUUUCCUGGGCUUAAUCCCUAACAUUUAAUCCUGAUCACCAUCUAGUAGUGUAAGUGAUAUUAGGUACAUUUUAUAGAUGAACUUGAGUUUGGAUUUGAACAAGGUAUGUGAGAGUGCAUAGCCCUUUGCAACUACAACUUGUUGGACUUUUGUAAAGAGAGAUGUUCUUUUUCAUAUAAGGACUUUUGAGCAUUUUCUAAAAGAUUGCUGGAGGAGGCUGAGGCAUCAUCUUCCCAGGAGAAUUUCAAUUUUCACUGCCUCUCCAGGGCUUUGGAGUGACAUUUCUUGUUUGUGCAAAUGGUUUCUUGUGACCUCGUCCAGCUUCUAUUACUUUUUGAUUUAGUUAUAAAAGGUCCUGAAGAUUUGAUGACAUAGUUUCUUGAUGUAUUCUAAUUCACUUUGUGCCUUUUCUAAUUUGUCUUUCUAUCCUCUGGUGUGGAAGUUUAAAAAAAAUGCCUAAGUGUGGAGUUUGGAAUAUUACCUAAAUCUUUCUCAGAACAAUUAGAUACAGUAUUUUAAUUUCUUCUGAAAAGUGUAUUUUAGGCUAGUACCACACAGUUGUAAAUAUUAGCAUGCCAGCAAAAUAAUAUAGUUUUAUAUAUUUUCCAUUAUAAAUAUAAAGGACAUCAUUGUUUUUAGAAACUAAAAUCUAGACAAAGAAAAUCUAUGCAAAGAAUCUAUAAUUCUAUCAUCUGAAUGUGGUACGCAUUAGCAUUUUGGUAUAUUUUCUUCCUGGUUUUUUUAAAACCACAUAGCUAUAAACACAGAUAAUAUGUAAUUUGUAUCUGUGUUUUUUUAUUUAGCAUACAAAUAUUUUUCUGUGUUAAAUAGUCUUCAUAACUGAAUUAUAAAAGUCUGCCCAACAGUUUAGCUAAUAUCGUUAUUUACAUAAGUCGGCCAUUAUGGUUGGGCAUUUAGGUUUAAAAUAAAAUAUUAAGGGGUGCCUGGGUGGCUCAGUCGGUUGAGCAUCGGACUUUGGCUCAGGUCAUGAUUUCAUGGUUUGUGGGUUUGAGCCCUGUGUCGGGCUCUGUGCUGACAGCUCAGAGCCUGGAGCCUUCUUUGGAUUCUGUGUCUCCCUCUCUCUUUGCCCUUACUCCGCUCACACUCUGUCUCUGUCUCUCUCUCUCUCAAAAAUAAACAUUAAAAUUUUUUUUUAAAUAAAAUAUUAAAAUGGGUUUAUAUGUAAUUUCUUUGGAUUAAAUGUCAUAUAGGUUAAAAUUCAUAUGGAUUUUUAUUUUGGAAUGACAGCAUUAAUUUCGCUUAGUGGAUCUCCUCAUUUUCUAGAACUCGAUUGAUUUGAUGCUAUUUGUGAAAGGAAGAAUCCAUAAUAAGGCCCUUCUAUGCAAAUUAUAUUUUUUAGAAGUUACCUUAUUAAGGGUAACCUUUCAUUAGCAAUACAAAACAGAUCUUUGGUGUUCUGGUAUGAUCAAUUUUACCAUUCUGAGCAAUCACUAUUUUAUUAAAUACCAGUUGACUAACACUUCGGGGUUUCAGGUAUUAAGUUUCAGAUUGAUACAUUGGGGUGCUUAAGAAUAUAUGGUAAACCUUGACAUAUCCAUGUUACAUGCCAGAGGUGAGUCUGUUUCUGGGCCCUGUUAAAGGAAAAAGUUAUUACUGAGAGAGGCACAGGGAAAUUAACACCCGACCCCCCAAAAAGAGUGCUCAGCAUUUCCUUUGGGUUAAUUCAGUUUAUUAACAGUAGCUAGUUGCUCAUGCUAGAAAUUCCGCUUUUUAAAAAAAUUUUUCUUAAUGUUUUUAUUUUUGAGAGAGAGACAGUGCAAGCAGGGGAUGAGCAGAGACAGAGAGGGAGACACAGAAUCAGAAGCAGGCUCCAGGCUCUGAGCUGUCCGCAGAGAGCCUCACACUGGCCUCCAACUAGAAAUUCCACUUUAAAUGUAUUCAUUCCCUUGUGUUAAACAUUAUUCUCUUCAGUUUAGGUCUAGAGUGCAGUUCUCAGUGCCCUUAGAAUGCCUGACUGUUCAAUGUACACUAAACACGAUUUUGAAGGUGUUCUUUUUCUCUUUGAAAGUGAGACCACAGUCCCUGAGUACGAGGAGCACCUAGGAAUUGUGGGAGGCUGGGGUGGUGGUGGCGGUGGAAGAUAAAAGAGUUGCUGCAGGCGGAAGUUUAUGGGAUACAAAAGGUAGAAGGGCAGAAAGUGAACUUUCUAAUCUGUGUCUUGAAAAUGCAAUUACAUUUUAACUGUUUUAAAAAGUGUGAAUUUAAGUAUAAUAUUUUCCUUUAUAAUAUUCUCCAUCAAAUGAGAAGAAGUCAGACUUCUUUGAAGAAGGGCCUUCUGUUAAAGUUUUAAGGACCUUCUGGUGUUCAGCUCCAGAUGCCGAUUCCUAUCGGAGAAUCAGACAUUUCCUGUCUAAUUAUAAAGCUGGAUUGGAACUGUAACACGGCUGGGGGGAAGGGGCGGGAAGCAGUGCAGGGAGUAGUUGUUAAGUGUCCCAGAAGGAAAAGGAGUCACAGUGAAACCAAAUGUCAUAGGCAAAAUCCUUUAAGUGUUGUGCAAUAGUUCAUUCUCUCUUCAACCCACUCUAACCCCCCUGCCCUGCGCCGGUGAAACUAACGCGAUCUUCUAGUUACAGACCCACUGAUUUAUAGAUGUCUCACAUUGUCCCAGGUUGUCCUUUGUCUUUGAAGGCACGCGAUCGCUCUACUACUUUUUGAUUGCCAUAUUUUGAAAAGCUGUGUCGUAGAAAGUAUCUACCUGCUCCCAACCUCUCCCCCGCAUCUAGAAGCCACAAAGAGAAAGCUAAAUAAGAAGAGGUGAAUCAAAUGAGGGGGGCAACGCUAAUGCCCGGUGUGGAUUUAUUGAGAAUUUAAAAAGGUAUCCCUAAGAAAAAUGUUUUGUUUUUAGAUUUGCUUCUGAUUCCUCCGCGGGAUUCCAGUCCAGCUCUUGGAGCCGGCCCUCUCGGGGAAUGUCCGGGACUCGGGUCGGUACCUUUUUGGCUUGGGAAUUUCCAGUAUGCAGAAAAAAAUCCACAAACCUAGUCCUCGUUGCCCCCUCCCCGCCUCCUCAGCCCCUCCUCUGUGCCCACGCAACCUUUCGAACGACAGUCUGUAUUCUGUAUUUUAGAAAAUAGGUCCUUAGCUUCCCCCGCCCCCAUUUAGAGUGAUGAACAGAAAGCGGACGCUAUAAAGGGGGACAGGGAGAGGGGCUGGCCUCUUCUUGCCAUGAGGUCAGACGCUGAGUUUUAGAGAAAAAGGCUGCUUAACUGCUGCUGCUUAUCAUGUAACCUCAAAAGGAAACUGAUCAUCUUUCUCAUGCUCUCACGUACUUGGGUUAUUAUCGCUGAUUACAGCUGGAAACAAUUGAUUUGCCUUUACGUAUUUCUAUGACUUGGCUCUUCAAACACAAAGGUUAACAGGAAGAUCAGGAGGCUGAACUUUGACCUUUUGGCUUUCUUGGCCUGAUGAUGAACGCCUAAGGUUGAGCCCCAUAUGGGGGUUGGAAGGCAGCAGAGAGGACCCUUUCAAGGUGUUCGUG